AAUUCGUUUAAUCCCAAUAUGACUAAUAAUAAUAGAAAAUGUAAAUGCAUAGAAUUCAAUACAAUUUUCAACACGAAUCCCGAAACCAAAUUAGCAAAUUUUGAUAAAAAAAUGUACAAAAUUAAUGGCGAAAAAACACCUUGGGCGGUAGAACACGUGAGUGAUUUAGAAUUUCCAUUAAUAACGAACAAAAUUGAUCAGAAAACACUAGGAAAAAAUAUUUCGCAAGACACAUGUUUGAAUGUGGUCAACGAUGAUAAUGAUUUCACUCACUCUAAUAUUCCAAUGUCGAACCAUCAAAGUAAUAUGAAUGACAAAGUUUCCCAAUUUCUAAAAUGGGAUACGAUUUCAAAACAAAACAAUGAAUAUUACGAAAAUUUACUAAAUGAAUAUAAGUUAAAAUCUCGUUUGACGAGUGGUCUAGACGAAUACAAUUAUGAAUCAAGAGACAUAAAUGAUAAUAUAGUGUGGUCAAACUCAAAUCAUGUCUAUUGGGACGAAGAUGUGAAAUAUUACAGGUACCCAAUGGAAUCAUCGUUAAGUACAAUAGACGUACAUUCUGAUGAGUCUAAAAUCAAUGACGUCCCUAGGAUACAGAGUCAGCCCUGUUUAUUGGAUAACUACUUUAAAGAUACUAAUACCAGCUCAAAUAAACAGAGAAAAAUGUUAGAUACAUUUUGGAAAGAAAUCAGUGAAUUCGAAAAUUCUAGUAAGAACUCGAGUGAUUUGUAUACAAAAAAAAAUUUCAAAAAUUACCCAGACUAUAAAACAUUCAAUUCAAAUAAAUAUGCUAAUAUUAAUGUAAAACAGUUAAACAUAAAUGAAGAAAAAGAAUAUUUUAAAAGAAACGAGGAAGUUUCAAAUCAAAAUCAAUUUCGAAAUGAUCAUAAUUUGAAUUAUCUAAACCUUGAGCCUAAUCUUUAUAUUAAAAACUUGAAGACUUCGGAAAGUCACAUUUGUGAUAGUUCAGAUUAUAUUUGUAAACGGCAAAGCAAAGAAAAUUCGAAAAAAUUAACUGAAAAUAAAAUUUUAGACAAAGGUGUCAAUCAAAUAAUACAUCAAGCGGAUAAACACACGCAGACCCAGGAAAUGAACAAUGAUUUCGAAAAAUCGAUAAAUGUCAAUCAUACGUUUUGUGAUGAAUGUGGUAAUAGUCACUCCAAAAAGAAUAAAUUCCACACCGAUACAACAGAAAAUUCUUUAUUAUUAAAACGAAAUAAAAAGUUACGCGAACUACUUGGCUUGAAACCGGAAGAGAAAAAUGUAUUGGUUAUGUUAAAACUAUAG